GGUGAUCGGCCCUCAUGGGUGAUCAGAAUCAGCAGGAAAAAACCUAAUCAGCACAUCUCUAAUUUCGACUUUUGAUGUCAAAUAUUUCAUCAUCGUUCUGACUCUUAAAUGAUACAUUGGUCCUUCCACCACCAGGGGACGCUGCAGAAGUUUGUGGACGACCUUUUUGAGACUGUGUUCAGCACGGCCCAUCGUGGCUCUGCACUGCCGUUGGCGAUUAAAUACAUGUUCGACUUUUUGGACGAGCAGGCCGACAAACGGUCAAUCACCGACCCAGAUGUCCGGCACACCUGGAAGAGCAACUGUCUUCCUCUCAGGUUCUGGGUCAACGUCAUUAAGAAUCCACAGUUCGUCUUCGACAUCCAUAAGAGCAGCAUCACAGACGCCUGCCUGUCGGUGGUGGCGCAGACCUUCAUGGACUCGUGCUCGACAUCCGAACAUCGGCUCGGCAAAGACUCACCGUCCAACAAGUUGCUCUAUGCUAAAGACAUCCCCAACUACAAAAGCUGGGUGGAGAGGUACUACAGGGACAUCUCCAAGAUGCCCAGCAUCAGCGACCAGGACAUGGACGCCUACCUGGUGGAGCAGUCCCGUCUGCAUGGCAACGAGUUCAACACACUGAGCGCGCUCAAUGAACUCUACUUCUACAUCAACAAGUACAAGGAAGAGAUCCUGACGGCGUUGGACCGGGACGGUUACUGUCGGAAACACAAGCUGAGACACAAACUGGACCAAGCCAUCAACCUGAUGUCCGGCAGCAGCUGAGAGUCGGCGCCGGACCGAUGGGGGGCGGGGCUUGUGGGGGAUGAGGUUCUGCUGAACAGCCGGACCGGACCGGACCGAAUCACCAGCAGUCAGUCUGUCAAUUGAUUUAUUGGUCAGAUGGAUUGAUUGGACCCAGAACCCAGCGGGCAGAACCUUUCCUGAGACUCGUGGAGCCAGCCGGACCUCAACAGGUUCUACAGCAGAACCAGGGCGGUUUGGAUCGGAACCGCUACUGACUGAGCUCAGGAUGUAAAGUGAAGCGUAACAGAAGCCCGUCCCGGCCCUCCAGAUCAGAACCGGGGUUCAUCUGGACCUCACAGCGAUCCGGUUCUGAUCCAGAACAAGUAUCGGAUUCUGGACAGUUUGAAGCUUUAAUGAAGGAGGCGGAGCCAAAACGAACGUCAGGUGUCGAUUCUGUUCCGGUUCUGUGAACAAUCAGCGCAGCACACUGAGCCCGAUCCGAUCGGACCCCCGGUCCCGCCCCCUGCUCCUCAUUGGUCAGUCCGCUGGCCGGGAGGACGCACUGCCUGACCAACCAGACUGUGGACAGAACCUCUGAAUACAUUCCAGCACAGCAACGCUGUCCGGGUCAGAACCAGAAUCACCUGGGAUCUGGACCCAAUCCGGACUGGACACACAGCCAUGCUAACGGCGCCGAUGGGGAAAUACUGUGCAGAGCUACAAACCUAGUGCCAUGCAAAGACCCGACCAGAACUCCCUCAGGACUGGACCGGACUUGGACCAAAUCCGGUCCAGAACCGAGAGUGGAGCUGAACCGGGCCGGAUUCCUAGAACUUUUGAGACUUGUGGCCAUAAUUGUAAAGAAGAAGAAAAAUGAAGCUCAAAUGAUAAAAUCUAAAAAAUGUUCAAAUGUAAUCAGAACCUUGUGGACUUUAUGGACCAGAACUUGUAUAAAGUGGAACAUUACAUCCGAGUCUGACGGUACCGACAGGCCCAGAACCCUGCAGACCGGCUCGGACCGAGCCACAACAAUCCUGCUCUACAGAUCCAAACGGGCGUUUUGGUACUUUUUUAACGAGCAGAACCGGAGCUCAGCAGGUUUUUUAAUGGCUCGGUCCGGGAACCGGGUUUGGACCGCCUGAGACUUGGCAGGAGACGCUCCAUCUGUGUUCUGGAACAUUUACACAUCACAGCGCUGGUUCUGGCCGGCUCAGAGGUCCGGUUGCUCUCCGAUGUCAGAUAGCACAGCUGGUUCUACCAGAAUCUGGUUCCGGUUCUGUUCCAGUUGAAUCGUUUCCACUCGGGUCCAGAAACCCAGUGGACUUCCUUCCUUCAGGUCGAGUUUCAGAACUGAUGUUUGGGAAAAAAGAUGAAAAUUUAAAUCUUAAUUAAUGUUUAAUUUAUUAUAAUGAGAAUAAAUGUUGGAGUUUAGGUUCGUUUGCAGCAGCUGCUGCCCCCUGGCAGUCGGGUUGGGAACAGCAGCUGCAGACGGUUACAGGUGGAGCAGGUGACCUCUGGAUGACCUCUGACCUCCAGGUGCUUGGUGUGAAAUGUUGCAGCUCAGCUGAAGCCGUUUAAUCUGUGUGAACCCAAAAGGACCAGAUGGAGGGCGGGUUCUGCGUUGUGUCGGUAGCACAGGUCGGGCUCUGAAGCCACUAGCGUACCAGCACCACUGUUCGCCCCCCAUUGGGUGUCUGAGCAGAAAAACCAGCCAAUCACUGAUCAGAUCUGGACCACCAAACUUCUCCGCGUCCUGCUGAACUUCAUGAAGGAAACAUUCUGUCUCCUUGGUAACAAGCUAACCAAUCAUGAGCCUCAUUUCAUAAGCAGAUUUCAAGGCAGAUCAGUGAUUCUCUGGGAUUCCUAUUUGGGAGGGCCAGGUCUAAUUCCUGGAGUCUACAACGGGGACCUCUGCUGAACUGGAUGGCGGACCAUUUAAUCCAGGUUUUCUAGAACCUGGAGGACUGGAGCUGGCAGCUCCUAGCCCAGACUCCAGGAAUUAGACCCGGCCCGAGUCACACAGACACUCAGUGGUGGGAUAUUUAUUAUUUUAUUUAUUUUUGUGAUGGAUUUUAUUUAUUAUGGGAGGAUGGAGAUGUUUGUCAGCAGCGAUCUCGUGUCCCACCUGGGGGAUGGACCGCCAUCAUGUCCAGAACCGCUCCGGACUCUUCGUCCUGACGAAGAGGAGGGCGGAGCCAGCAGAGGGGAUCCAAACACCUGAGCAAGACCGUACCUGGUGUCUCUGGUUAGGGGAGGGUAGCUUUCAGGCUCCGCCCCCUCCUCUGUGCUGCAGCACUGCCUGUGAUUGGUCGAUUUCCCUCAGGUGAACUCUGACAUCAGAAGCUCCUCCUCUCCUGUUUCAGCCAGCUGACCCGGCUGCUGUGAUGCCAUUUAUCAGGUGAUGUUGGUUCUAGCACCUGAUUGGCUGCCUGCGGGUCACAGCGCCACCAUCAGGCCAUCUGUCGCUCCUCCUGGGAACGUCUUUAUUCCCCGAGGUGCAGCCAAGUCCAGGAAAUAGUCGGGGCCCAUCUUUGGUUCCAUUCGCCAUUGCCUUGUUUUUCUUGUGGUUUUGCUGAUUUGAACGUCGAUGCCUCAUAAUGGCCGCCGUCUGUUUUUCUAUCAUUGCCUUUUGCUCAGUUUGUAUAUUUGUGUGAUUUCACUAAAUGUAAAGAAGAAAA